AUGAAUACACCUUCACCAUCAUAUAGCGACUCGCCUCGAACGUCGCAGACCUUGUCAUCACGUCGAAGACCAUCCACCACAUCCAGACGCAAUCAGCCAGCAAAGUAUCAUCAUCAUCACCAAAGCAUUGUUAGCACCAGCAGCAUUUCAAGUAAAGAUAGCAGUAACUAUGCGAGUUCACGAUAUCCAAGCGGCUUGACGAGCAUGACGGGCUAUACAUCGGUUGAAGUGCCAUCCAUAUGCGCGUCACCUACCACAUCCACAGCCACCUCGCACUACCAACAGCAACAACAACAGCAUACUUACGACGCCAAGCAAUUAACGGAAGACCAAUUUGAUAUUAUCGAUAGCCUUGACUACGAUGAUGUAGAUGAUGCGUUGCUAGAUCAUGAGCUUGUUCAUCGAAAUCGCGAAGCCUUGGUUCAACAACUAUAUAAUUCAGAACAUGCCUACCUCGAAUCAUUGCAGCUUGUUGCCAACAUCUUUUUGAACCCAAUGCGCAAAGACGCCAAGCAAACGACGUUUAGUUUUCUUGGAAUGAAAAAGGCAGCUUGUACCGAACGAGAGCUUCGAUGGCUAUUUGGCAAUUUUGACCAAAUCCUUCAAGUCCAACGUGACAUUUUGACUAGCCUUGAACAACGAUUACAGAUAUGGGGUCCAACACAAAUCAUAUCGGACGUGUUUCAGAAUUGGUUCCAGCAACUCAAUGUCUACAAGGCAUACCUUGACAAUUACGACGUCGCUGUGACCACCUAUGAACGAUUGACACGCUACCAACCUUUCAAAAAGUUUAUUGAUUCGGCACACAAGAACCCGACUCUGAAAGGUGCAACGCUCUUAUCCUUGUUACAAAUUCCAGCAGGUUCCAUCAAUCGAUAUGCACACCUUAUUAGCAAGCUAGCCGAUCUAACGACGCCCAUGCAUCCCGAUCAUUUUGGUCUACAAACAUGCAAACAACGUAUUCUUGUUUUGGCCGAAGAAAUGAAGUCAAGGGUGGAUGAUGCCGACAAUGUUGAUCAAGUGCUUAUGAUUCAGCGUGCAUUAAUGGGUGCUCCUUUUGGUGUCAAAGCACAACGACGCUUGGUGCUUCAAGGGAGUUUAUGUCGUGUGGUUGUCAGCUCAAAAACGGUGGGCGAAGAACAAACAUACUUUUUGUUCUCAGAUUUGUUAAUGUUUGUGCGUCCCAAGCAAGAAUCCAAGCGCACCGUACUUCAAUACAAAGGCCACUUACAGCUUGAACAAGCACGUAUUCGUGCUCUUUCACCUGAGGAUGCUGCCGGCCAUCCCUAUUGUUUCGAGAUUACAUCUUCACUACAAGGCGUGGAUACUCUAAACUCCACUUACAUGGGAUCUCGCACCGUGUAUGUUCUUCGUACGCAUAGUCAGGCUGAGUGUGACGAAUGGGUCAAACAACUCGAAAACGUCGUUCACGUUCUUGAUCGAGAAUCAGCACGAGCUCGCCAAAUAGCUGCUAGUCGCAGAUUAGCGCAUCAUCGAGCAAGAGCCGCGGGUGACAUUAAACGAUCCAGUUCCACAGCCGCUAGCCAGUCCUCUGGUAACAGUGGUGACAGUAACACCUCUCGGCGAUAA